AAACUACCAAAUGGUAUCUCGAGAAGUAAUCAUUAAAUCCCGUUACAACGUCCCUUCCUCCAUACCUUCUUUCUCCUUCCCACUCUGUGUGUAUAUAAAUAACAAACCAAACGCGCCAGGUGCCAACUGUCGGUCACCGACGGCCAAGACCAUCAUCCACGCAUAGUCGCAUACUAAUCAACACCGAUCCACGUGUCCCUCUCCACCUCCUCCUCCCGCCGCCGCCGUCCUUGCCCGCCGGCGCAAUCACGGUGAGUCCAAACAAUUGAUUUCAAAUUCCUGGGCCAACAUCGCCUGCGAACUUGAGCUGUACAAUCUCUGCACCUGAAAAAAAAAAACCCGACCCGAUUCCCUCGUGCCCAUUCCUCAUCUUUCGCUUCCAUUUCCUCUCUCUCUCUCUUAUAUAUCCAUUUUCCAGAGGAUUUUUUUUUUGUUUCAAUUUCUGCAAUUAACAACAACAAAUCUAGAAGCCUUCUGGUAAUUUUUUUUUUCUUUUUCUUCCCUUUCUUUCUUUCCUCGGGCUAUCAAAAUUCUCCAUGUUUGAUAGCCUCCGUGUGCUUUCUCCUCGCUCGCCCUUUCGUCGGAUCCGCCAUUCCCUCCUCCUCUCUCUCUUACGCACAAGGGUUGAGGAAAAUUUUCUGAUCUUCGAAUGCUGAAGAAGGUGGAUUAGUCCGCGAUUCCGUCGACCGGAUUGCAGGUUGUCGAUUAGGGGAGGAAAUUCAUUCUUGUAGAGGAAAGCCGAGAGGGAAAUAGGGGAAAUCCCAAAAUUGCCACAAUUUCUUUUUGUUGUUAAGUAUAAUAUAUAUGCAUUUCUUGAGCUUGUUCUAGAGAGAGGAAGGGAAAGAUUUCGAUUUUUGGGUUUUGGGAUAUGGAGAUGGAGGAUAAUAAUGCAGGCAGAGAUUUCUACGUUGAUCUGGAAAGCGGGCCAAACAAUAAUAACACUGGCAGAGCAGGGGAACCUUCUUCUCCUCCUUCGCCCGGCAAUGGCGUGAGAUCGUUGUUCAACAAAGUAUACAGCGUUUUGGCAAAAGGGGAGGAAGAAGGGCAGAAGCUCUUGUGUGGGAAUGGAGGAGGAACGAAUUCGGAUGGCGAACAACAAGCGAAAUCGGAGGACAACAACGAGACUACUGCUAGUAGUGGCAGUGAUCAUUCGGACGAGAAGCAGCAGCAACGCAGGAAGAGCAGCAGCCCACAUAAGAAGUCACCAAAGCCACCGCGGCCACCACGAGGCCCCUCGCUGGACGCAGCUGAUCUCAAGCUCAUCAAGGAGAUCUCAGAGCUCGCCAUGUUGAAGCGCGCCAGGAUCGAGAGGAUUAAGGCUAUGAAGAAGGCCAAAGUAGCAAAGCAGUCCCCGGUUUCUUCGACGGGCAAUCUGUUUGCAAUGGUGUUCACUGUCCUGUUCUUCCUGGUCAUACUCUGUCAAGGAAUGUCGUCGAGGAUUAUACCGAUAGACCUACAGACGGCCCCUGAGCCAUCUAGAAUGAUGGACAACGAUCUUAUAUCGGUUCAGUACUUUGGGGUUCCCACUGUUAACGGCCCUGUCAGUCUGAGCUCUGGUUCUCACAAGUAUGUUAAUCAUUGCUCGGAUGUUAAUCCUCCGGAUUCAGCAAGACGACUCGGUUGAGUGUUUGAUCAGGCAGUUAUUAACAUACAGGAUUUAUGGUAGAGAUAAUAAACUUGCCAUUUUCUGCAAGUUGUCAACCUUUCCCCCAUUUCUUUUUUGUUACUUCUCCAUACGAGGACUGUGAUAGAUUAGUAGAUUCCGGUGGAUUCACCGGGUUGAUGGACAAAGGAAAGAAGCAGGAAGAGGGUAAUGUAGAGAGUCUCAGAGCUAUACAUUUGAUGAAGAAGAAGUGGCUGUAUAUGGCGACACAUUUGCAGCGGGAAGAUGGUAGGUUUGUUGCCGUGUAUGUGAGUGAGAGUGAGAUGAAUGGAAGUUGGUAGUUAUGUCAACUGGGUUUUGGCCACACUAAUUUUCAAUAACAUAAUGUUAUCUUGUACAUACUAUCUUUCGAUUUGUAUGGUCAAUCUGCAAACUAGGGUUUUGAACCAUUGAUGUCUUGGAGCAGAGAAGAUCAGGAAGAAUGCAGACCAUCACAGUGGACCGCUCAAGUGGUUCGAGUUCAUCGAAUGUGUUUAUGUCGUCGACGUUGUACAAUGAGCAUCAAAGUUCCUCAUCUGUUUGUAUUCUGUCACAUCCUAAUCUGUUUGGGUAUGAACCAUUUCUUGUAACUGGAAGUUGCAAGGUAGGAGCCCUAAUCUACUGAUGAAGUUGAAGUUGACUUCCAUUAUAUUUCUCAGUUUCGUGUAAGACAUGGGAAGAGAUCCAAAACGAACAAGGUCAAGUCGUCACCACCAGUCGUCACCACCAGUGGCGGAAUUUCAGUUCGAUUCUGUUA